AUGAACCUGACCGAGUUCAGCGCAAGCGAGAAGAGUUUCGAUGUUUGCCGCCUCACGAGAAGGCAAGAUGAAUUCAACGUCAGAGGUGACAUCGUUGUUCCCUUUGAGGAAUCGGAAGCGCAGUUUGACGUUUCUGAUGAAAGCAGUGUGUGUUUGGCUUCUGGGUCCGACGAUUCAAUUUUGAAGGCUACCGAUGACGACAUUGAACAGGGAUGUCGGAAACCAUACACACCCAGGCGAAGUGACCGCUUAACUUUCCUGGACAAGACUGUUUGCGCACGUGCGUGCGCGCGGCUGCUCAAAGUGGGGCAGACCGUUCUGCAAAAGCUGCGCAAUGGCGAGGCAGUCUACACCAUGAAAUGCCGACAAAGACCGCCCAGACAUCCAGCCUGGGGGUUUGCUCUGGUUGGAGAAACAGGGCAGAAAUGGAGAAGCGUCGUGCAGUACUUGUGGUACGUGUACCACUCGUCGGCUGAAUUCUUACCUACUGACUUUGUGAAAGGUUUCAAGACUUGCCAAAUGGAGCGCAAUUCCAUUGAGACGGCGUUUCCAACCCAAAGCCAAGAGGAAGAAGUGCUCCGCUCUGUCAACUCCCUCGUUGGGUCACUGCACACUUACAACUCCGAUGUUGAGGUCCACCUCAUUGGGCCUGGCUUUUUCAAAGGAGAAAGACGGAGCUUGCAACAUGGUAGCCGCACAGAGAUGUUUUAUGAGUACAGGGCCUAUUGCACUUCAAUCUCCAACGAGGAGCCAGCCUCAUUCUCUUGUUUCCUGCGGGUCGCGAACAAAAUUCUGGGGCCAGGUUUACUGGGCGCUGCGAAGUUUGUCCCAGGCCUGGUGCCGGCGGCAGGUCACGAGGACUUGGACCAGAUUUUCUCGGUCCAGGCUUCCAUGAUCAGCCGCAGUGAGUUUGACACGCCUGACCAGUUGAUAGACUUGCUGGACAGUGUUCAGGCCUACAAACUGGACGAGGUUGCCAAAUGGCAUGACUGGGUGUCAGUCCUCGGGGUUCGAGUCAAAGGGCUCCGAAAGGUUGGGCAAAUCCGGCUGGCGCUACGGAAGGAUUUGUCUCCAGCAUCUUACGGAAGUUGCAGUGUGCAGGAGAUCCGCGGUUCUAGAGCAGGGCCUGAUGAUGUUUUGCUUCUGGCCAAAAGGUACAUGGCCGAUCCGGAACCGUACAAGGUAGCGACAGUCCUCACCGCUGACCAGGCCUUUCUUUUGCGCCGCAGCUUUGCGCAGCCCGCAGGUGUGUCAGACCGCCGAACGAUUUCAGAUCGGGUGGUAAAGAACAUCCGCGGCAAGGUUCCUUCUCUUUUGAAGCAAGGCUCCUUGAGCAUGGAGGCUGCAGCAUAUCUUACCGGUUGGUGCGGGGGAACCUUGGUGAAAAAACCAAGACCAUCGUCCUACAGGUUUUUGACCAAUCGGAUUCAGACGGUCGACCCGGGCCCCAGCAUAGUGUGGGCCAAGCACGGCAGGGAGAUGCACCUGGAUUUGAAAUGUCAGAAUGAUGAGGAGGAAGCUGCCUCUGAAACAGAUGGCGAAGCGGACGGAGUAGUUGACCUUGCUUUGGACGACUAG